UUCCAGAAGAAUGAAACCAGCGAGACUGAGAGAGAAGAACGAGUCUGGACUGCUGUAGAUCUGUCUCUGCUUCCUCCUGAGGGAUGAUAACUGCUUUAAAUGAUGUUGGAUGAGGCCUAGAGGAUGAAGUAAUCACCUGUCUGAGAGGAUUAAUCUGGAGAAACAUCAGCUUUGUCGCCAUGUCCAAUAACCAAAGCAAUCAGUCCCUUGCUUUUUGCUUCUCAGGCAGCAGCCCCAUUUCCAACAAGGCUGUAAACCACACGGUGGCCUCAGCCUACUUCUCUGCUGUGUUCAGUGCUCUGGGCCUCAGCUCCAACCUGUUUGCCUUAGUGGUGCUGGUGAAGGCCUUCCACCAGACCAAAAGCCGCUCCCGUUCCUCCUUCCUCCUCUUUCUUUGUGGGCUGGUGGUGACUGACUUCAUGGGCCUUCUGGUCACCGGCACUAUUGUGGUAUCCUUCCAUGUGACCCACUUCGAUUGGAUGUUGCUGGACCCUAAUUGCCACUUUUGCAACUUCAUGGGCAUGUCCAUGGUCUUCUAUGGCCUUUGCCCACUGCUCCUCGGAGCCACCAUGGCUGUGGAGCGCUUUGUAGGCAUCAACUGGCCGUUUGCUCGCUCCGCAAACAUCUCCAAGAGCCGAGCCUGCUACAUGGUGUUCGGGGUGUGGGUGAGUGCCGGUUUCAUCAGCCUGCUCCCUCUGCUGGGACUCGGCAGCUACCACAUCCAAGUACCUGGAUCCUGGUGCUUCCUUAAUAUCAGCCACAUGCCUCUGGACAUGGCCUUCUGCCUCAUCUUCUCACUGGUGGGGCUGCUGUCUCUGGCCGUGUCGUUUGUUCUGAACACUGUGAGCGUGGUCACUCUCCUGAGGGUCUGCUGCGGACAGGAUUCCAGCCGAAGGAGGAGAGAUUAUGAAUUGGAGAUGAUGGUGCAGCUCAUCUUGAUCAUGGUCAUCGCUUCUAUCUGUUGGUGUCCCCUACUGGUGUUUAUUGCACAAACUGUGUUUUCGGAGGGCAAGCUCAACAUCCCCCGUCUCUUGCUCGGGAUUCGCUUUGCCACGUGGAACCAGAUCCUGGACCCUUGGGUCUACAUCCUCUUCCGUCGUUCCGUACUGAAGCGUGUUUACCCUCGGAUGGACUGGUCCCGCGGCUCCAUCGCCAGCCUCUACCCCUCUUUCCGGAAGCUCACACGGAGCUCUCUGGGGGGCACCAGCAGGCUGGGGGAAACCAAGCUCGAUGGGCAGAUCUCCCAGGAAACCAAACAGGAAGAUGAGGAUCCAUUUCCAGAACAGAACGCCCCUGCACAUUCCUAAUCACUUCUGUUUCUGUUAACAUCUGAGAACCUCUGAGAACAUUUUGCGUUUCUGUAAUGGAAUGUAAUCUUUUUUUCUUUCUAUUUAAAGCAGCAUCAUGGAAAGAUAUGAAGAUGAAUCUGAGCUCUGCAGACUGUUCGCAUUACCUGAUUAGUUUCGUUUUGAACCUUUGGAGCAUGUUCUGGAGCGACCUCUUCCAGUGUGUUUUGACCUCCAGCUGCCCGAGGCUUUGUAAACGCCUCCAUCUGACUGAAAUAAGUGGGAUCUGACAGUGACAUCUGUUGCGUGUCUUGCUGGGAUAGCUCACUAACGAGAAGCUUUGGUCCAGGACCAAAGGGUGUUGUGUGUGUUAUAUGAGUGCUACUCAGCAUCUGUGUAUGUUUGUGCAGAGCCAUAAAUGUUAAUGUAUGAAUAGAAGUCAGAAAUGGGGAGAAACGUUUGAAAAUAUGAACAAAAACAGAUUUUGGAGCUGCUACCAUAGGUGCUAAUGUUCUGAAGCUGUUUAACUGUAAAGGGACCACCCACCAGAGAUACCAAUCUGAACACAAUGGUCCAAAGACAGUGUCAUUAUUUUGUAGAUGAUUGCAUAGUUGAUAUGCCCAGUUUUCAAUGAACGAAAAUGCAUGUAGGGUUAUCAAGAAACGCCUGUAUUCUGUAAAGUGGUAAGUACAUAUGUUCAGAAGCCUGUACGUUUUGUUCUGUAUGCAUUUUGCCAUGGACAUUAGCUUCUUUGUAUGUAUUAGCAAGGUAAAGCUAAUUUAAAAUCAAGCAAAAAUGAUUACUCAUCACUGCCCUCUAAAGGUGUUUUAAAGUGUUGUUGUCGAAGGUUAGAUAUGAACUUGCCGUUAACUAUGUGUUAGGCGCAGUGUUGCCAACUUAGCGACUUUGUCGCCAUAUUUAGCGACUUUUCAGACCCUCUAGCGACUUUUUUUGUAAAAAAGCGACUAGCGACAAAUCUAGCGAGUUUUUGUGGUGUUAUUGGAGACUUUUGGCGACUCUAAGAUGAACACGAGCUCUUCAGUUACUGUCCUGCCGGGAGCCCCGCCCACACCACUCACAGUGCAGACCCACACUAUCUCACACUCAGAGAACACACACACACACCGCUCCACCAACACACUGUAAAUUAAUCGCGCUUGCCCACAGCCACCGCUGACUGACCCCGCUCUGUAUUUACAGAGCAGAAGUAUAAAUAUUAAUGUGUCUUCAGUGUGACACGAACAGAAAUCACUGAAUUUAACUCACUUUGUCACUCACCUCAUUCAUCAUAUAGCCUGUCACUCACCUCCUCCACAGUGUCUGCCUCUUUAUAAAAAGCUAAAUAUCUAUUAAAACAUUCAACAAUAUGUCUAUGAUAGAUUCAAAAAUAAAGAAAACUUAAGAAAACGUAAAAAAAUAAAAAUAAAAUAAAACAAACAAACUAAAAAAAAAAAUAAAAUGUAGAAUAACAGUUCCGGCUAACUGCUGCUCUUAUAAUAGCAUUUAAGAACAUGGCAAAAAAAACUAAUUUAUGUAAUUCACGUAAAAAUGAAGUUAUUGUAAAAAAAAAGUGACGUCCUAUUUAAAAAGCAACAGAAGUUGUUUAUUUGUAACAUUUCUAACAUAUUUAUGGUGUUUUUUACUCACUUUUUUCCCUAAUCCUUUACAGCUUCAAAAAUAUGUAUUAUGCAAAUUAGGCGUUGACGUCAUUUAGCGACUUCUAGCGACUUUUAGGACAGCCAAUAGCUACUUUUCUUACUGAGGAGUUGGCAACACUGGUUAGGCGGCAUUGCUAGUACCACAAUGCUGCCUCACUGCUGUGUCCCCAAAUGCUAUUCUUCAAAAAAAAAGAAAUCUUAUAGAGGUCAAAUUUUCCAUAGUUUCCCCAAAGAUACCGUACUUCACCAUGAAUGAAUUCACAAUAUUUAUGAUGUAUGUUACUAUGCUAGCUAGCUAGCGAAGGAUAGCCUUAAUAAUAUUACCCAGCCAGCCAAUCUAGCCAGAUGAACGUUAACAGAGAGAGAGCUAAAGCUAGCUAAACCUGGUUCUCAGCUAUGACUUGUUUAACCCUGAACUGGUUAUUGUCUCGGGUUUAACAUCAAAACGAGCGGAGGGUAACAUUAGUCAAGCCAUGGCUCUUUAGAGUAGCCUGCUUAGCUAGCUAGCUAGUAAAUAUCCUACCGUGGGAAGCCUGGUCUUACAGGAGUGUACACUUGCAUGCUUAGCUGGUAACGUAACUGCUGUGUUAACAUACAUUUUCUGACUGAUUUGAUAUUACAGAUUAAAGUGGACACAAAAGUAAGUUCAGAACACUUUACAAAAUAGCGUUUCUUUAAGACACUGGUUGAAAUGUGAAAGUUAAAGAAGGAUGCUGUGCCCACAUUAUUUACCUGGACAGAAAAGCCUGUAAGGAAGACUGUAGUUAGACCAACUACAAGGUAUUUUUCUACAGUCGCUGAGUUAGCUAGUAACUAACUAGGUAGCAAGUUAGCUAACACAGGAGUUUUCACUACAGCAAACAAAGCUAUCUUUCCCGUCCUGCACAUAACCCUCAAUCCAGCCUUUUAGUAAAACAGCACGGUAAAUCUUACCCUUUUUUGCUGCCCAUUUUUGACUGUUUUCACCUUUAAUUUAGGGAGGUGUUUGAGGUUAGUUGUCCACACAGUUGGUGCCAUUUAAACUGGUGGAUAUUCUAGCGGCUCAGCUGUCUUGGAAUUUCCGGUUUAGGAGCAUACCCCCCGGCCUCACUUCUGUUUCAGAAUGGUAAUGUAGUAAACAUGGUUCAUUUGGAAGUUGUGAAGCAUUAUUCAUAUGGCAGGUGUCAAAAUAAAAGUCCCAUUAUUUAUCAUUAUUAUGUACAAUGAAUUGUGACAUAAACUGUUGGUGAAUACCUGAGUAAUGCUGUUUGCUGUGCAGUGAUUAUGCAUUCGUUAUGAAGGUACAGUAUGUGUACAUGGAUAAGGAAGUUCUCUUCAUUCUGCAAAUAUGUUGUGGGGGUUGUUUUCCACAGCCUGGCCCCCCCCUUAAUGGUGGUCUCUGGCCUCUUAGCUGUCACACACUGCCAUCAUGAAACAAUAGCAACCUGGCAAACCUCUCUCAGACUAAUAAACAAACUCCUGGAACUCUCUGAACCAACAGCGAAAGGUUAUGUGACCAGUUUAGCAAGUGUGAUUCCAGACCUCUCAUCACAAAUCAAACUCUCAGCUCGGCCUCAAGUGUGUGACGUUAUGCUGUUUAAUUUUACCGAUAAACACAAGUCUGAAUAAAUGGUCUUCCGUUGUCAUA